AUGGCUGAACAAGGAGUGGAAGGGAGUCAACCAGUUGACCUUAUGAAGCAUCCUUCAGGGAUUAUUCCAACUCUUCAAAACAUUGUCUCGACAGUGAACUUAGACUGCAAGCUUGAUCUCAAAUCCAUAGCUUUGCAGGCUCGUAACGCUGAAUAUAACCCCAAGCGUUUUGCUGCAGUAAUCAUGAGGAUAAGAGAGCCAAAGACUACAGCGUUGAUCUUUGCUUCUGGGAAAAUGGUGUGUACCGGAGCUAAGAGUGAACAUUUUUCAAAGCUGGCUGCGAGAAAGUACGCUCGGAUUGUUCAAAAGCUUGGCUUUCCUGCAAAGUUCAAGGAUUUCAAGAUUCAGAACAUUGUAGGAUCUUGUGAUGUCAAAUUCCCCAUUAGGCUUGAAGGUCUUGCAUACUCUCACAGUGCUUUCUCAAGUUACGAGCCUGAACUGUUCCCAGGACUGAUAUAUAGGAUGAAACAACCAAAGAUUGUGCUGCUUAUUUUUGUCUCAGGAAGAUUGUUAUAACUGGAGCCAAGAUGAGAGAAGAGACUUACACGGCCUUUGAGAAUAUCUACCCAGUUCUUACAGAGUUCAGGAAAAUCCAGCAAUGAUAGUAUAGCCUAUACAUCAAAAUCAAAGAAAACAUGUUUGGAUUGCCCUGAACUAGAGAUCCCGGUGGUGGCAAGCGCUUGGUGAGGUUAAUUUCCUUCAACAAAGGACUUGGUUUGAUUCAGAUUGAAAACCAGAAUUUGUAUAUACAGAAUAGAGAUUCCAAUAUCUCUUUCUUUCUCUUUUUGUUCCAAGUUUCUUUCAAGUAUUGUGUUUCAUGUAAUGUUUGUUUUAGUGAGCAGUACCCAGAUUGUUAAAGAGUAACUUAGAACUUGUCUACUAACCAUGUCUAAUAAGACUCAAUAAACUCCUUUAGGCCUA